CCUCAUCGURUUUCAACGAACACAAACAGYCAAGGCGGAAGUUGCAACACUACAAAUCACGAAGGAUUGCUGAGAACCAACACUCCAUAAAAUUAAUCAAGCGGCACUCGAUCCUUUAGCUGAAACAAGCAAUGGUCGACGGUGGGGCAGUACGUCCACUUCGCAACGGAUCGGGWGAUUCGAUGUUCGACGACAAUGACAACAACUAUUUCCGGAGCGAUUCGGACUUUUCACGCAGAGACAGCACCGAGCGCGAUACGGAAUUCUCCGAAGGAAUGGAACGGGAUGCUGGCAUGCUAUACAGUGGUGUAAAUACGGAUAGGUAUAUUUCGGCAUCUCGCUGUAUAUUCUUCUCUAUAUUGGUCUUAUCUGCCUUGCUUUGCGCUGUAGUUUCGUACGUUUUGUACGAAAUAGAAGAAAAGGAAAACUUCAAAARAUCGGUACGCAUGCUUGCUUSGCCUAGUGAUUACCGUGUUUGCCAUUUUAUUGCGCUAUUGAUUUAURCUUUUUGAUGAUUGCAUCGGCUCAUURAAAAUUACGCUUUCCCUAAUUUGAUUUGAUUACUGACUAAUGUUCGUUGCUCAGUUCGAGUCCCAAUCAGAAGAACUGGCUUUGUACACAAACCACAAUAUCGAUAAUGUGUUUGCAACGUUCGAAGGCCUUUCAACUGCGACAACAUCACUCGUGAAAGAAGCAUGGAUAUCAUCAAACCUUCAAACUCCAGCUGGAUUUGUAGACAUUCCUGACAUUAAAUAUCAACUGGGUCAAGCUAGGGAAACAACAAACGCAUUGGCUAUCGUUUAUGCGCCAAAGGUGAUGAACGAUGAUUAUGACGCAUGGGUGGAGUAUUCUGAAAGCCACAAGAAUUGGAUACCAUUAAACCAACCKGGUGGUCCAGUCAAAAUCACACCAGAGAUCCCGUCUUUUAUUUGGCAGUGGGAAGACGAUCCCGAUUUUGCCACAUCCAACUCGAUGGACGCGACUAACACAAGUGAAUCCGACUCCGCGUCGAUCAACUCUCGUUCACUUCGUAGUAAUAUGGAUGGGCUGCAWCGACCGCAUGAUUGCUCUGGAGAUUACCUUCACCGUAGACAGCUGCAAGAGGAUGCGAAAGCUACUGACGMUAAAAUGGAGCAAAUGGACGACCAUGCGGAUGCUUCCGAAAUCCAAGUCGCAUCACCUCUCAAUGAAACUUACUACACCCCCGUCUGGCAAAUGGUCCCAGUUCCAGUCAUCAACGAAACACACCGAGACGUUCCUAUCAUCAACUACAACUUGAUGGAUAGAAGAGUAUUCAACAAGGCAGCUAAUUUUUUGUCUUUUAGCAAGACACCCGUCUUCCUAGACGUUUGUGAUCAGUCAGCGUGGUUUGGAAUCGAAGAGCACAAAGAAAUWAUUCAAACAGUUGUAACGGUUCCYAUUUUCAGAGACUUCCAAGACGAUGCUCCGAUCGCUGGGUUCGUKGCGGCUACUAUCCCGUGGGCGGAAUUCUUCGAAAACAAUAUGAACAAAGAUAGCGACGAAAUUAUUGUUGUCAUGGAGAACACGUGCGAUGAAAUUUUUUCARUCAGUGUUAGUGGGCCGUACAUUGAAAUGUUAGGGGAAGAGGACUUGCACGACCCCAAUUACGAUGAUAUGGCUAUAGAAGCCCCAUUCGCUCAAGCUUACAAUCGAAAGGUUGAACGUGAAGACUACAAAGGAGAUAUCUGCAUAUACACAAUGACUAUGUAUCCAACGGYUUCGUACGAAGCAUCGUUUAAAUCCAACCGCCCAUGGAUUACUAGCCUAUUGGUCGUGCUGGUUUUUGUGUUCACAUCGCUCGCCUUUAUUUUAUUCGAUUGCUUAGUAACAAGGCGACAAACGAAGCUUCUYAAGACAGCAUUGCGCCAAAGCGCUAUUGUAAAUUCGCUGUUUCCAAAAAUGGUCCAAAAGAAACUCAUGGAACAAGUCGAUGUCAAGUUGGAAGCUAAAGCUGAAAAGAAAUCCAUAAAGCGGAAUCUCGUUAYAUUCUUAGAUGAUAGUAGAGAGUUAUCAAUCAGGGAACCUUUGGACACCAAACCAAUUGCAGAUUUAUUCCCGAACACAACAAUCAUGUUUGCUGACAUUGCCGGAUUCACAGCAUGGUCAUCGACUCGUGAACCAGAAGCCGUCUUCACUUUGUUGGAAACAAUAUAUCGAGCUUUCGAUGAGAUCGCGAAAAAACGCCGUGUAUUCAAGGUCGAAGUUGUUGGAGAUUGUUAUGUGGCAGUUUGUGGUCUUCCAGAUCCCCGCAAGGACCAUUUUGCGGUUAUGUGUCGGUUUGCACAAGAAUGCCUUCGUGCAAUGCAAAUAUACACCAAAGAACUGGAGGUAAAACUUGGUCCUGAUACUGGUGAUCUCGGCCUCCGCAUUGGAUUACAUAGUGGUCCAGUCGUGGCUGGUGUGUUGAGGGGAGAAAAAUCUCGCUUCCAGCUUUUUGGUGAUACCAUGAAUACAGCCUCUCGCAUGGAAAGCACGGGUGUUUCCAACCGCAUUCAGCUUUCACAAGCAACAGCAGRUUUUUUAAUCGAUGCAGGGAAAGAGCAUUGGAUUACGAAGAGGCAAGACAGGGUCARAGUAAAAGGAAAAGGAGAACUUACAACAUAUUUUCUCCUUUCGGUCAGAACUAAGACCUCGGAUGGCAAUAGUUUGGCACGCACGCCUCUAAGUAACGAAGUUGUUGUCAGUAAUCACGACAAUAGCAAUGGGUCCUCGUGUGGGGGCCAGCGAUGGCAAGAAAGGAACCGAGUUGCUGACUGGGUUGUUGAAAUGCUAGGCAAGCUCCUGAGGGAAAUGGCGGAAAAACGCAGAGUCGCUAAUAUUAAACCUGAAAACCUCUCUACCAUUACGAAAUUGGAAAAACAAAAACUCGGAAAUCAUUCGAGGCAUCUGUCCAAUCAAACAGUCAUCGAUGAAGUUGUGGAAUGUCUUAGUAUUCCUGACUGCGUCGCUAGCAAAGCUAUGUCGACGGAGAACCCGGCUCCGUUGGAUCAAAAGGUUAUCGACGAGUUGCAAGAUUACGUCUACRGCAUUGCAUCCUUGUAUCGCAAGAACGCAUUCCACAAUUUCGAGCAUGCAUCUCAUGUUUCUAUGUCCUGCAUUAAACUUUUGAACCGAAUCGCAUCUUGUGACGAUCAGUUGGAAGGUGGCAAAGAUAAUUCGUACGGUAUUUGCAGUGAUCCAUUCACUUCAUUUGCAAUYGUCUUUUCUGCAUUAAUCCAUGAUGUUGACCACACAGGCGCACCAAACGUUCAACUCGUCAAAGAACAGGCUCCCGUGGCUACUAURUAUAAARAAAAGUCAGUGGCAGAACAAAAUUCUAUUGAUGUUGGGUGGUGUUUAUUGAUGGAACCUACCUACGCCCAUCUCCGCCGUCAUAUUUAUACCACUGCUGCAGAAUUCCGUUUCUUUCGCCAAAUGGUCGUGAAUUGCGUAAUGGCCACAGACAUUGUGGACAAGGAUUUGAUURAAGCACGUAAUCAACGUUGGGAUUUAGCGUUUAAUACUGAAAAGACUACCGAAGAUGAUUGCAAUCUCAGAUCCACUAUUGUGAUCGAACAUUUGAUUCAACUGAGUGAUAUCGCUCACACAAUGCAGCACUGGCACAUAUAYCGUCGAUGGAAUGAACGCCUCUUCGAAGAGAGCUAUGUUGCCUAUGCGGAAUGCCGUGCAGAGAAGAAUCCAUCAGACUACUGGUACCAAGGAGAGCUUGGGUUCUAUGACUUUUACAUUAUUCCCCUUGCAAAUAARAUCAAACAAUGCCAAGUCUUUGGUGUGUCCAGUGAUGAAUACUUAUCUUAUGCUCUACAAAACCGACAGGAGUGGGAAGUGAGAGGGAAGGAUGUUGUUCAAGAAAUGGCAAAGAAGUAUGAAUCGAUUCAUCAUGCAGCGAUCAGUCGCCAGCUACUUGAACUGGAAAGAAAGGUGGAAGUUUCGGGAAACUGCCAAGGAUUGGGGAGCGCGUAAUCACGCCGCCAUUUUCAGCGAACGGGAAGGGGGCAAAUAAUUGAAUGUGAAAGGAAAAAAUCGCCGCGCAAAAAUAAAUAGUGAUCAUUCCGAAGGGGAAAGGGGAGCUCCUACGUUCUGGACACAGUAAAAAUCGAAUGGACACUAAAUCAUACAUCGCAAAUUUUGCGUUUUUCAUUAAUAUCUAAUUUAAACGAGACG